AUGGACUCGGCCACUACUACAAGUCUCGAAGCCCCUACGGGGACAGUAUCUGCUCGACGAGAUGAGAUUACGAGAGAGCCUUCCGCCCCCGCCGAGGUUCCCGAUGAACGAACAAAUGGAGAAAAGAAGCAUGUUUCUUUUAAAAAAUAUAAACAUGUUACCGCCGUUCACUCCGAGUCGAGGCCAUCCACCCUGAGCCAUGAUGCGACGGCCCCUCCCAGUUUCUUAGGGUUUAGAAACUUGAUGGUUAUCGUGCUAGUGGUCGGAAAUCUGCGAUUGGUCAUCGAGAAUAUGCAAAAGUACGGAAACCUGAUAUGUUUAACGUGCCACGAUUUCCGUCGUAAAGAUACUCUUCUCGGCUUUCUCCUCUAUAUACUGGUUCCUUGUCACCUCUUUAUCGCGUAUUCGUUGGAAUGGUACGCAGCUAAGCAGGCCCGGAUCUCGCGAGCACAAUCCGCUAUCAAAGGGGCGCCCGCGACCCCGACGAAAGAUCAGCAAGCCAAUUUCGAGGCGAAGUGGAAGAUUAUUAGGACUGCCCAUCUUCUGAACGCCACUCUAGCUUUGGCCGUCCAUAGUUGGGUCGUCUAUUUCCAUAUUUACCACCCCUUGAUUGGUACCGUAACGGAGCUUCACGUCAUUAUCGUCUACAUGAAGGUCGUAUCGUACGCGCUUACGAACAGGGACCUCCGCCAUGCGUAUCUCCACCCGGUUAAAGGCGAAUUGGCUGCUCUCCCUGAGAUAUAUGCGCAAUGCCCGUACCCCCUGAAUAUCACGAUGAGCAAUCUGACCUACUUCUGGUGGGCUCCGACUCUCGUCUACCAACCGGUAUAUCCUCGAUCGGAGAACAUCAGGUGGCUUUUCGUCAUCAAGCGGCUAGGCGAGCUGGGCUGUCUAAGCGUCUUCAUAUGGUUCUGCAGCGCGCAGUACGCGGCCCCGGUCCUAUGGAACUCGCUCGACAAGAUAGACCACCUAGACUUCGUAUCGAUUGUCGAGCGGCUGUUGAAGCUGUCCACGAUCUCGCUCAUCAUAUGGCUAGCCGGCUUCUUCGCCCUGUUCCAGUCGUCGCUCAACGCUUUGGCCGAGAUCAUGCGGUUCGGCGACCGUUCGUUCUACGACGACUGGUGGAACUCGGCGGGCUUGGGGGACUACUGGCGUCUGUGGAACAAGCCCGUGUAUCAGUUCAUGAAGAGGCACAUAUUCUCGCCGCUGAUAGGCCGAGGCUGGAACAUGAAUCUGGCCAGCGUCGCCGUAUUCUUCGUCUCCGCCGUGCUGCACGAACUCCUGGUGGGAAUACCUACCAAGAACCCAAUAGGGGUUGCGUUCAUGGGCAUGCUCGUCCAGAUCCCGCUGAUCUGGCUGACGCAGCCGUUCGCGCAGAUGAAGGGCCCCAACGGCCGCCUCAUCGGCAACUGCAUCUUCUGGGUCUCCUUCACGAUCCUCGGCCAGCCGUUCGCCGCGCUGGUCUACUUCUACGCCUGGCAAGCUAAGCACGGAUCCGUCGCUAAGAGGAUGGCUCUGAACCAGCCGCCUGUGACGAGUUAG